AUGGAGUUUGUCGUGAACGGUCCAAUUCCGGAAAAUUUCAUGAUGAAUAAGGAAAAUCGUCUCAGCGCUUUUCGUUACGAUAAGGAGAGUAAUGAACUUUCUGUGCUUGAUCAACUACUUCUUCCCCAUCGACUCGAUUUCAUUCCGGUUAAGAACACUAUGGACGCUUUUAACGUUAUUCGUAAUAUGCAGGUGCGUGGAGCACCAUUGAUAGCUGUAGUAGGAGCGCUAGGAUUACUGGUUGAGAUGACAGGCUUGGAUUUUAAAACUCCCGAAUCACUUAUAAAGUUUCUGAAAAUAAAGUCCCAACAUCUGCUUGAAUCUCGUCCGACAGCUAUAAAUCUCCGUAAUGCCAUGGAACAAAUUGUGAAGUCCUCUCAGAUUCCGGGCGAUGUGGCCAUGAGGAAGCAAAGUGUGACUGACACUAUUCUGAAGAUACUUCACGAUGAGGAGAAAGAAAAUCGAAGACUUGUAUGGAACGGUUGUCAGGAAAUAAUUGGACUCAAACCUCCCGGCUCGAAAUUUGUCCUGAUGACUAUUUGCAAUACAGGAUCGUUAGCGACCUCAUCCUGGGGAACAGCGCUAGGAGUUAUUUGCGCUCUUCACCAAGCAAACCUCGUCGAGAUGGUCUACGCUUUGGAGACCAGACCUUAUAAUCAGGGAGUUCGUCUCACCGCUACCGAACUUCGUCAUUCCAAAGUACCUUUUAAAAUAAUCACCGAUAGUAUGGCUGCAUGGACAAUGAAAACACAUGAGGUGGACGCUGUACUCGUUGGUGCUGAUCAGGUGACUCUUAAUGGAGAUACUGCUAACAAGAUUGGAACGUACAUGUUGGCUGUGUUGGCCAACUAUCAUAGCAUACCAUUUUAUCCAGUUGUACCAAUUACCUCAAUCAAUCUUUCACGACAGACCAGUGACGACAUUCCAAUUGAGGAAAGACCUGCAAAAGAAAUGCUUUGCGUAAAUGGCAUUUUCGUCGGUUCCGAAGAUACUCCAGUAUGGAAUCCAGCGUUCGAUGUAACACCGGCGGAACUGAUCACGAAGAUUAUCACAGAUCGUGGGAAUUUCACACCAGCUGAAUUGAAGGAAAAUAUCCAUUAG